GGCGUUUUCUGGUGGCAACCGCGUCGACCCGAUAUCAGAUGAUAUAUCCGUCAGAUUGGCGUUGCAUCAGCGUCACCCCUGCAGUUCUGGCGCUUGAUUUGCAUGUGCACUCGUUUUUUACAGCGGUGAAGGGCCGAGCAUGAGUGGACCUGCCAAAAAACCCGUAUUCUCGAAUCACUCCAAAUAAAGUGGCUCGACUCAAGCCCACUCUCCGCUAAUUCGAGAAAGGAAGUCUUCAUGCCGCAGCGCAACCAGUUGGAAGUUGACGAGAUGUUUCCGCGUGGUCCACAAUGGUGAUUUCUUCCGUCAAAGCAAUUCCGGAGGCGCUCAUCACGACUGUGAGGCGCGAGUAUUCUGACACAAAGAAAACGGACGACCGGAGUUCCUAAUUCACCGCACAGGAUCAACUGAGCGAAAGAUUAUUUCGAUUUUUUUUUGUGUCAGCGGUGGCUUUGCGUGCUUCCCCGGUUCUUCCAGGGCAUCUUGUCCACCAUGGCUUCUGGCGCCGUUGCCUUCCUUCUCAGUUUUUUUCUGGGACAGAUGCGGCGUAGAUAUUCCUCUUGCACAGCCUCCUUGAAGUGCUAUUCGUGGACUCCUCUCAGUUUGUUUAGCUUCCCUUCACCGUCGACGCGUAUCACCCUUCCUGCUCCACACGCUGCUACUCGUGCGAGACGGUUUCAAUGUUUGAACACCGGCACGUUCAAACCCCUCUGCCACCGCAGUGUCCGUGCACGCUGCGUUUCGUUGUUCGGCUUCACUGUCCUUCUUUUAGUUGCAGAUCUUGUUGCAAAAGUUGUGGCUUCUUCCGGUGCCUGUGCUACGUCACCAGUAUACGCCUGCUCCAGUGGUGUUUCGUCAGUCACCAGACGCAACUGCACUACCCCAUCAUCUUCCGUUUUCCCUAGGUCCAUAUUUUCUUUAAAUUCGAGGAGCCGAGGCUUUACACUGUCACGGCAGGAGCGACCAGAACAUCACCUCUUCCAUCCGCAAUUUUUUACAGUUCAAGAGAGCAGGGGAGAGAAGGGUACGAAUCACCGAGGGUUUGGGAUGUAUUUACAGGCGUUCGUACGGUGUAGUUCUCAGCCGUUUUCCUCUCAUCGAUACGCUGGGCUCGGUGCCUUAGGGAAGACUCUGUUCGGUUCGACCUUCACGCCCGCUUCUGUGCAGAAACGGCGCCGGUGCUGUACAUUGAGGCCACCUACCCGGUCCCACUCUGUGAACUGUGCUUCCACGCUUGAUUUGAAGGAUGAGUUUCCAUAUCAGAGAGGAAGCGCGAAUAAGGAAGGGUCGUGUGGUGGAGGAAAAGAACAGGACGAAAUGAUUUAUUUCGACAGUGCGGCAACUUCGCAGAAGCCACGACGCGUGCUCGACGCCAUUGAAGAAGCGUACGUACACCUCAAUGCCAAUGUCCAUCGAGCAGCGUAUGCAAGAAGCGCAGCAUCCACUGAGCGAAUGGAGGGUGUUCGGUCUCAACUGGCAAAAUUUCUUAACGCAGACAGACCAGAGGAGAUCGUUUUUACAUCUGGAGCUACAGACGGUAUCAAUCUUGUCGCAAACACGUGGGGUGAAGCGAACAUUGGCGAAGGCGACGAGAUUGUCCUCACUAUUGCGGAGCACCAUAGCAACCUUGUUCCUUGGCAGCUUCUGGCGAGGAGAAAGAAAGCUCAACUGAAGUUUGUCGAGCUCAAUCGAGACUACACGCUUUCCGUGUCUUCGCUUGUAUCAAAUCUCUCUCCACGCACGAAGCUCGUCGCACUUUCGCAUACGUCCAACGUUCUGGGGUCCUUCAAUCCGUACGUUCACCAUGUGACCAAGCUGAUCAAGCAGAUCAACUCUAACAUUGUUGUCCUUCUCGACGCUACGCAGAGCCUAUCUCACCAUCAAACGGACGUCCGUAAACUAAAAUGUGAUUUCCUUGUUGGCAGCGGCCACAAAAUGUACGGGCCGACGGGUGUCGGCUUUUUGUAUGGCAAGUAUGAAUUGCUCCGGAAUAUGCCCCCUUGGAAGGGAGGUGGCGAAAUGAUUGAGUUCGUGGACUUGUGUGAGUCGACGUACGCGAAUCCUCCAGCCAGGUUUGAGGCAGGAACACCCCCCUUCUUGCAGGUGAUUGGCCUAGGCGCAGCUGUAGAUUUCAUCGAGGAAGUCGGUUGGCCAGCAAUUUAUUCGCAUGACGCUCGUCUACAGCGUGCCUUGCACGAAGUUUUGGCCUCUAGAUUCCCCGAACUCCGCCUCUUUUGUCCUCCGUCCGCGGGCACCGCGUACGCGCCAGAGUUGCUGUCGGACGCGUUUGACUUUUCCAAGGUUAAGCAGCACCGUUGGGUACAGUCGGACCAAUCGGACGGUCGAUCCGCAGUUACAGCAAAUGCUGUUCAUCGUUCAGCGGUUGCUGGGGCCACUGACGAAGCAAGGAAUGGGGCCUUCGCUUCUGGCAUUGAACGGAUUCCAAGUAUUCCUCUGAUCUCGUUCGCGCACCCUGAGAUCCACGCACACGAUAUAGCCGUGUUUUUAGACGUGUGCGGAGGAGUCUGCGUGCGCUCCGGACACCACUGCUGUCAGCCACUUCAUCGCCACGUGCUGUCUGUGCCCUCGACAUGUCGAGCCAGUCUUGCACUGUAUAACACAGUGCAGGAGAUUGACAGAUUCGGAGAAGUGCUACAGACGGUGCUCAAGACGCUUGGACGGCAAGUCAACCAGCCCCUCUCGAGUAGGCGCGCUGAAAAUUUACAAAGCAGCUAGUUUCUCAUUUGGAAUUGGCUCAAACAUCGUGCUGGCGUGGAAUGUGGUACUGUUUUCACCGACAAGCAGCGUUUAUCGGCGGCAUAUUCGGAGCAUGUGUUGUCGACCCUGCGACGACAUGAGCAGGAACUCGUUGUUGUCAAUCCUCCGCUAUGCUGUGGAAGGCAAACAGGCCCGUCGUCGCUAUGCGGGGUCAUAUACGAUACGUGAUUCGCGCAUAAUCAACCCCGAGGUUCGGAGACUGUACAAAAAGCGACAGACAAUGGCGAAAGAUCAGCAAUAAUUGGAACAAACUGCUCUACCUGGUGAAGAAUCGGCGUCCGAAGCCAGAGACGGAACGGGAAGGAAAGAGAACGACGAAAGGGAGAGGGAAGGAAGAGCGCUGAACAGAGGUACGACGGAAACCCGAGAAAAGGCAAGUGAAGGAAGAUCUGCUGUGGCAGGCAAACAGUUUGCAGUGUACAGGUUCGAUUUUGUUUGAGGAACCAGGAAGAAUCCGCCGCAUUACGGUGGUGGUGGACCUCAAGAUUCGUAAAGCGCAGCUGCCUGAACGCGCGUGUUACGAGGCGAGAUGCUGGCGGACUGACAUGUACAGACUUGCAUAUGAAUUUAUUGUAAAGUAAGCCGGUGUUUUAACAAGCUACGCAAAGAAAGAAGAGGGUUGGCGGCCAACACCACAGGGUUUUUGAGAGACACGUGACGUUUUGCUAAUUCAUCGAAAAUGAUGUAGCCCGUCCAAUGGUGUGAACGGUGAACAAGGGAGCUCGGCAACGUUGGCAUUUCUGGGGGCGAUUGGCGGCUGGUGUGCACCGGGGUGAUUGCGAAUUUCCGCUUCCAGUGCACCAGAUUACUGAGUAUGCUAAAAACAUGCUCUAAUAACGACUCAGGCGAGUCGUAUUCUCCAGGCACGCGACUUUUUUCAAGGCCACCGAAGAUUCGAACGACGAACACUUCAGAGGAUUUAUACUUUUGUAGACGAUCGCUUUCUCCAGAACCGUUCUUCAAGGUAAAAGACGAAAUAUGAUGUGUUGUUUGUGCCAAUCUACCAUUUCCGUCUUCUGAAUAUGAUCUGUAUGAAGGUGACAUAUCCUGAACGUUAGCCGGGUUCUGGUAUCAUUUGACUGUUGAGUCAUUGUCUAGGUACUUGCUUGCAAGACAAUGUCACCUGUGUUUUUCGAAUGUUUUCCGCCGAC